AGCGUGCUGGUGUGCUCUUUGUGAAAUUCCACCAUGGCGUACCGUGGCCAGGGCCAGAAAGUGCAGAAGGUUAUGGUGCAGCCCAUCAACCUCAUCUUCAGAUACUUACAAAAUAGAUCGCGGAUUCAGGUGUGGCUCUAUGAGCAAGUGAAUAUGCGGAUAGAAGGCUGUAUCGUUGGUUUUGAUGAGUAUAUGAACCUUGUAUUAGAUGAUGCAGAAGAGGUUCAUUCUAAAACAAAGUCAAGAAAACAACUGGGUCGGAUCAUGCUAAAAGGAGAUAAUAUUACUCUGCUACGAAGUUUCUCCAACUAGAAAUGACCAAUGAAGUGAGAAAUUGUUGAGAAGGAUACAGUUUGUUUUCAGAUGUCCUUUGUCCAAUAUGAACAUUUAUUCAUAUUGUUUUGAUUACCUUUAUGUUAUUACAAGAUGGCAAUAAAUACUGUGGGAUUGUUUGUAUUAAAAAAUUUA